AUGAAAUCCCUGACGAUCCGUUGUACGACAAAGCUCAAGGAUCAUCUUGGCUACUUCGACCCUCUUUCUUCAUUGCUUGGACAGUUUCCCAAUGUCAAGAGCUUAGUCGUCAAAUACACCCCAUGGAGUGAAGAAGCUGUUUGGGUGGAGCGAGACCCUUGCAACCAGCAAUACACCGGGAUCUUCAAGAUGGAAAAGAAGGGCAUGAUACGUGGUCCGGGUAUACAUUUCUCCCACUUUACCGACGAGCUGAUAACAAUAGCCCCUCAACUCGAGUACCUGGAGUUGGUCUGCCCAGGCACUGAACAUAGUGGUCACCCUAGUUUUCGUGCUCCGCUGCGGACAUUGCAACAGUUCACUCAGUUGAAGCGUCUCUGUAUUCCACAGGGGGCUUUCACUCUUAGGACAUAUGGGGAACCCUUUCACAUCUACCGCAUUGCAUCCAGCCCGCUGGAUGUUCUACCGCCAACUCUGGAGUAUCUCUGCAUGUCUCACCCGAGCUACCAUAUCAUUGCGUGGCUAGGUGAUAUUCUGAGGUACCGUGAUUUGCUACCCAAUGUCAAGCUGGUUGAGAUGGACCUUAGUGAUGGCACUCCUGAUGUAGCCUCAGACUACGAUGAUGAGAUGCGUAAGAUUGGAUUUGCGCUGUACAACGCUGGCAUAGAUAUACGGGUGAAGAAGUAA